UCUUCUCAACUGAUGACGUGUGCGUUGCACAAAACUCAACUUGUUUUCAGUUUCACAAUAAAACCGGCUAAAGGUAUUCUUCUAUAGACCGAGGGUAUUUUUUUGUGGAUUGUGUCUAGAAACAUAAAAGGAAAAUGGAGACAUUGUACCAUCAAACAAAUAAGCAAAUCCAGGAGGUACAGUCGCUCAUGGGACGCCUGGAGAACACAGAUCGUCAGUCUGUCCACUUGUUGGAGAACGAUCUGCAGGCCAGAAUCGACCAGAUCUUCAGCCAUUUGGAACGUCUGGAAAUCCUGGCUGGCAAAGAACCGCCAAACCGCCGUCAGAACGUCAAACUGCGGGUAGACCAGCUGAAGUAUGAUGUUCAGCACCUCCAGACGGCGCUGAGGAACUUCCAGCACCGUCGCUACUCACGAGAGACGCAGGACCGAGAGAGGGAGGAGCUCAUGAGUCGUACCUUCACCACCAACGAUGCAGACACCUCCAUCCCCAUAGACGAGACGUUGCAGUUAAACUCCAACCUGAACAACGCACACAGAGGCAUGGACGACCUCCUGGGCAGCGGCAGCAGCAUCCUCACCGGACUCCGGGACCAGAGGGACACGCUCAAGGGGACCCACAAGAAGAUGCUGGAUGUGGCCAACAUGCUGGGUCUGUCCAACACGGUGAUGAGGCUGAUCGAGAAGAGGGCCACCCAGGAUAAGUUCGUCAUGAUUGGAGGGAUGCUGCUCACCUGUGUGGUCAUGUUCCUGGUGGUCAAGUACCUGGGCUGACCAUGAC